AAGCCCAUAUAUAUACUGAGUUCGCAGUCUGCUCCUCAGUUGUCAGUUUUUGCGUCCCCUGUAAGGAUCACUCUGAAGAACAUGACGGUCAAGUGCCUGCUGUACUCGUCACUACUAGUAGCUGCCGUCUGGGCAUUGCCAGCGCCAGGUGGUUAUGGGAGUGGUGGACACGGAGGAGGAGGUCUUGGUGGUUUCGGAGGUGGUGGACAUGGUGGUGGAUUUGGUGGAGGCCGCGGCGGAUAUGGUGGGGGUAGCCAUGGAGGCGGUCUUGGCGGUUACGGAGUAGGUGGUCAUGGAGGCGGUCAUGGCGGUUUAGGAGGAGGACAUGGAGGUGGUCUUGGUGGCUUCGGAGGAGGCAAAAGUGGAUAUGGAGGCGGUGGUUUCGGAGGAGGUGGUGGGUUUGGAGGAGGUGGUGGAUAUGGAGGAGGUGGUGGAUUUGGAGGCGGCGGAGGAUUCGGAGGAGGUCUAGGAGGUCACGGUGGUCACGGAGGAUAUGGCAAACAUGGGUAAACAGAAAUACCUGAAAGAAUGAAGAAAUGGUUGUCCAACAAAUUCGUGACCAAGAAAUGCAUUUAUUAAAAUUUUCUUCCAUGGAAAUUCCGUUUGAAAGUGUAACAGUGUUAUGGAAUUUGUAUAAUAUUAUCAAGAUCUUUCAAUGCUAUUUCAACUUCAGCCAAAGAGAACUGAGUACUCUAAUUUCAUGUAUUUGAGAUAGAAACAAUUGUGUUGCACAGAACAAUGUUGUCAAUAUUGUGUUUUAUAUGCUUAAUUUACUUUGGUUAAAAAUAAAGAAAUUCCCUUUUUCUCAAAACCGA